UACGUCUAUUAUUCCCCCAUUUUCGUUCAAAACACAAAAGAAAAGAGUAUGAAUAUAUAUCAAUCAAGUGGCGCACUUUCUCUGUGACUUCGGCAUGGUUAGGCUUCAGUCUUCUUCUUCUUCAUCAUCAUUUGUGACUCUACACUCCCCCAAUGCUUGUCUUUCAAGUAAGGUACUGCUACUGCCUGUAACUACCACUACAUUUAAAUUCUAUUUUAUCCCCUUAAAUAACCCUAAAAGUUUAAGAACCCUAUCUGUAAAGGCCUCAGUGGAGAAAGCUCAGGUUCAAGAAUUUAGGUAUAGCAGAGCUUCUCCAUCAGUUAGAUGGCCAAAUCUCAAAUUUACAGAGAAAACCCUAAAUUCUUUGGUUUCACGGGAAACCCUGGAUUUUUUGGUUUCAGAGAAAUCCAUGGGGGAUGGUUUGAUUACAGAGAAAAAGGUCGAAGAUUAUUUGGAUUCAGAGAAUAGAGUGAGCAAUUCUUUGGUUUCCGAGGAAACCAUGCAAAGUGCUUUGGUUUCGGAGGAAAGCAUGGAGGAUUCUAGGUUUUCAGAGAACACCAGGGAGGAAUCCGACUCUGAGAGAACAAUUGGUCCUUAUGCUGAAACCCUUCGCUCGGACCGUAGGACAAGGGCAAAGAAACUAAGCAAGUUGGCCCUAAAGAGAGCCAAGGAUUGGAGACAAAGGGUCCAAUCUCUCACAGAUGAGAUUCUUAAGCUCCAGCCUUCAGAAUUCGUUGCAGAUGUGCUUGAUGCUAAUAAAAUUCAGCUAUCGCCAACUGAUUAUUGCUUUGUAGUUAAAUGGGUGGGGCACUCCAAUUGGCAAAGGGCUCUUGAGAUAUACGAAUGGUUGAAUCUCAGGCACUGGUAUACUCCUAGUGCUCGAAUGCUUGCUACAAUUUUGGCAGUUUUAGGAAAAGCGAACCAGGAAACCUUAGCUGAAGCAAUCUUUUCUAGGGCAAAACCAGAGAUUGGCAAUGUGGUUCAAGUUUAUAAUUCGAUGAUGGGGGUUUAUGCUAGACAAGGUAGAUUUGAUGACGCCCAAGAAUUGCUCAAGCUCAUGAGACGUAGAGGGUGUGAACCUGACCUUGUAAGCUUCAAUACUCUUAUAAAUGCUAGAGCGAAGGCGAGGUUUUUAUCACCCGGUUCCGCGAUGGAUAUCCUUAACGAGAUUCGAAAGUCAGGUCUUAGGCCUGACAUAAUCACUUAUAAUACACUUAUAAGUUCAUGUGCUUCAGGGUCAAGUUCUGAAGAGGCGGUUAGGGUUUUUCAGGAUAUGGAGCACCAUGGUUGCUUGCCUGAUUUAUGGACUUACAAUGCCAUGAUUUCAGUUUUUGGACGAUCAGGUAAUCUGGAAGAGGUGGAGAAUAUAUAUAAUGAAUUGGGUCGAAAGGGGUUUUUCCCUGAUGCUGUGACUUUUAAUUCUCUACUUUAUGCUUAUGCAAAGAAUAGGAAUUUGGAAAAGGUAAAAUGGAUAUGCGAGGAAAUGGUGCGUGCUGGGUUUAAACUGGAUGAAAUAGCAUAUAACACCUUGAUUCACAUGUAUGGGAAGAUGGGUAAGCAUGAAUUAGGGUUUCAGUUAUAUGAGGAGAUGAAGCUUGCUGGGUGUACACCUGAUUCGGUUACUUUCACUGUGUUGAUAGACUCUCUUGGGAAAGCUGGUCAAGUAAAGGAAGCUGCCGAUGUGUUAUCAGAGAUGUUAGAUGCAAGAGUUAGACCCACAUUGCGCACAUAUAGUGCUUUGAUUUGUGGGUAUGCUAAGGCCGGGAUGCGUGAUGAGGCAGGAGAAACCUUUGAUUGGAUGGUAAAGUCUGGUAUAAAACCUGAUCACUUAGCAUACUCAGUAAUGCUCGAUGUUUUAAUUAGGGCAAAUGAUACUAGAAAAGUCAUGGGUCUAUAUCAGAGGAUGGUUAGAGAUGGUCUUAGACCAGACCAAAGUCUUUAUGAAACGAUGCUUCAGGUUUUUGUGAAAGAUAGCAAGCAUGAGGAAGUGGAAAUAUUGAUAAAGGACAUUAAAAAAUCUAUGGAUAUUGGCCUACCUGGUUUGUGCUCUGUUCUAGUGAGAGCAGAGUGCUUUGAAGAUGCUGUUAAUAACUUGAGGCUAGCUGUCACUCAAGGGUUUGUACCAGAAAGCGACAUUGUGUCUCCUAUAUUGAGUUGGUUUUCUUCACUGGGUAGGCAUGAAGAAGCUCGCUCCUUGAUUAAUUUUCUGAAGGAACAUGCUCCAAAGUCAAGUGCAUCAAGCGUAUUAGUGCACGAAUCCUUGCUUUUGAUGCUUUGUAAUGCUCAUCAAACCGAAGCUGCCAUGGAGGAAUAUUAUAAAAUGAAUUUUUCAGGUGGUGAUUAUUUUAGUAGUAGUGCAUAUGAAACUCUCAUUCUAUGCUGUGAAGAAGCUGAAUUAUUUGCAGAAGCUUCACAGUUGUACUCCGAUAUGAAUUUUUACUGCUUUGGACCCACCCCCAUCAGCUUUAAAUGUGCAGCCAUGGCAUAUUCGAAGAUGGGUUUUCCUGAAACAGCUCAUCAUGUGAUCCAACGAGCUGAAAAGACGGGCGUUCUUAUCGAUGAUCUCUCAUUGUAUGUAACUUUGAUUGAAUCCUAUGGGAAGUUGAAGCUUUGGCAGCGAGCUGAAAGUGUGGUUGGGACACUGAGACUAUACACAACAGUGGAUAGGAGAGUUUGGAAUGCUCUGAUAAAUGCAUAUGCCACAAGUGGUAAAUACGAGCAAGCACGGGCGGUAUUCAAUAACAUGGUGAGAGAUGGUCCAUUCCCUACUGUAGAAUCUAUUAAUGGUCUCAUGGAGGCUUUGAUUAACUCAGGGAGGUUAGAUGAGCUUUACGUGGUGAUCCAAGAGUUGCAGGAGAUGGGUUUCAAGAUAAGCAAAAGUACGAUUCUAUUGAUGCUUGAUGCCUUUGCGAGAGCUGGAAAUAUCUUUGAGGUGAAGAAGAUAUACCAUGGCAUGAAAGCUGCUGGUUAUCUACCCACCAUGCAUCUCUACAGGAACAUGGUGGGGCUUUUUUCUCGAGGAAAGAGAGUUAGGGAUGUAGAGUUGAUGGUAGCCGAGAUGGAAGAGGCAGGAUUCAAAUGUGACCUUUUUAUACUCAAUUGUAUGCUUAGAAUGUAUACUGGAAUUGAGGACUUUAGGAAGACAGUGGAUGUGUAUAGGAAGAUACAAGAAAUGGGUUUCGAACCUGAUGAGGACACAUAUAACAUACUUAUAAUUAUGUAUAGUAAAGAUCUUAGGGCUGAAGAAGCCUUCUCCCUCUUGAAUGAAAUGAGGAGAGAGGGUUUGGACCCUAAGUUGGGUUCAUAUAAAAGCCUUCUUUCUUCUUGUGGUAAGCAAGAGCUAUGGGAGGAAGCCGAGGUUCUAUUUAAGGAAAUGGUAUCGAAGGGGUUCAAGCUUGACCGCGGUGUUUAUCACUCAUUGUUGAAAAUAUAUAGGAAUUGUGGUAGCCAUGAAAAGGCUGAGAAUUUGUUGGUUAAGAUGAAAGAUGAUGGGAUUGAGCCAUCUCUUGCAACCAUGCACUUGUUAAUGGAUUCAUAUGGGCAGGCAGGCCUUCCUGAUGGGGCAGAGAAUGUGCUUAAGGGCAUAAAAAGUUCAGGAUUGAAUGUGGGCACUGUGCCAUAUGUUUCUGUCAUUGAUGUGUAUUUGAAAAAUGGGGAGUAUGAGUUGGGUAUAGAGAAGAUGUUGCAGAUGAAGAGAGAUGGGGUGGAUCCUGACUAUAGAGUAUGGACAUGCUUUAUAAGGGCAGCGAGCCGCUGUCGACAAAGGAACGAAGCAUUGAAACUUCUUAAUUGUUUGAGUGAUGUAGGCUUCGAUCUUCCCCUCAGACUCUUGAUGGGAAAAUCCGAGCUGUUGAUUUUGGAGAUGGACCAUCUCUUGGAGCAACUGGGGUCCUUGGAGGAAGAUGCCGCCUUUCGUUUUGUAAAUGCCUUAGAGGAUCUGUUAUGGGCAUUUGAACGUCGGGCUGCCGCUUCAUGGGUUUUUCAGAUGGCCAUACAAAAGAAUAUAUACCCACAUGAUGUUUUCAGGGUAGCAGAAAAGAACUGGGGUGCUGAUUUUAGGAAGCUCUCUGGGGGUGCUGCACUGGUCGGUCUCACUCUUUGGCUCGACCAUAUGCAGGAUGCCUCGUUACAAGGCUUGCCAGAGUCCCCAAAGUCUGUAGUAUUAAUAACUGGGACAGCAGAAUACAACAAUGUGUCCAUCAGCAAGACUCUCAAGGCUUUCCUAUGGGAGAUGGGUUCCCCAUUUUUGCCUUCUAAGACCCGCACUGGUAUACUUGUAGCAAAAGCUCACUCUCUUAGAAUGUGGUUAAAGGACUCAGCCUUUUGCAUGGAUCUUGAGUUACGAGAUGCUUCUUCUUUGCCUGAGUUAAACUCAAUGCAACUUAAUGAAGGCUAUUUCAUGCGAUCUGGUUUGGUUCCAGUGUUCAAGGAAAUUCAGGAGAGGUUGGGGGAUGUGAGGCCAAAGACGUUUGCGAGAUUAGCACUCCUCUGUGAAGAAAAGAGAGAGAGAGUUAUCACAGCUGAUAUAAAGGGAAGGAAGGAGAAGUUGGAGAAGAUGAAGAGACAAGGGAGGAUGUUAAGGUCACAAAGAAGAAUGAAGUUCAGGAAAAGGAGGUUUUUUAAAAGUAGAGCAACAUUUAGUGAGCAGGCCAUUGCAAAAUAGAGAGAAAACGAGGUUUAAUGAUAGAGAUUUUAUCAUUCAGAAUCCAUUCCAUCGAAAGAAAACACCCUACCUUCUGACCGAGAAUGAAGACAAAUGGCUGAUUCCAUCUAGAGAGAGUGUCAGAAAUUCCUAUUCAAAUCCGACUGCCUCUUUGCCGUGUGACUCAUGCUCACUGCCCACUUCCUCUCCAAAUAGGCCCUGACCACCAUUCUCAGUGCCUAGCUUCCUGAGUUGAAGUGCUUUUGUCUAAACUCGGAUCCAUGGCUUGAAGAAUUUGAUGUUGAUGUAGGGGGUAACAAUGACAAGGUGGAUGCCUUUUGAAAAACCAGAUUUAUGAGAGAGCUUGAUUUCUAUUUCCCAAAUGAGGAGAUGUCAUCUCUCUAGUUGUAGCUUGAUUGUUAAAGGGCUAGUUCUUCCGAAAGAGAUAAGCGUAGUGGAUUCAGACACUUAUCGCUGUAACUGUUGGAAGUUGAAAGUCAUUGCCUAGUGGCAUGAAAUUCUGUGUCUCAA